GAGCUGGAUGACAUGAUGCUGCAGAGUCCGCUCACCUCCACGCCGUUUUCCGUCAAGGAUAUCCUGAAAAUGGAGCAGCAGCAGCAGCAGCAGCAGCAGGCCGGAUCUCUGGAGCUCCAGCACCGGGUCCAAACCCAGCAGUUACCCGGUUCACCUCCCCAGCAGCAGCACUUCCAAACCCCACCGUCCUGCAUGCUCGCAGCGGCCCGGGAAAGUCCUUCAUUUUCGGACGGAGAGGAUAACCUGGCGUACCUGAGCGCGCUGGCGGUGCGCGGAGAGGAGGACCGCGGGGACACCAGCCUCUCCCCGGACAUGUACGGGCACCCCGGCCUGCAGGGAGCCAAGCUGGAGGCCAACGAGCUGGAGGAGCAGGAGAGCAAGAGCUGCGGUCUGGUGUCCCGGCAGGAGACCUCGGAGGGCGGGCAGGCUGACUGUGAUCGGCCCGCGCAGAAGCAGCGGAGCCGGCGGAGGCCCCGCGUGCUCUUCUCCCAGGCGCAGGUCUUCGAGCUCGAGCGUCGCUUCAAGCUGCAGCGAUACCUGUCCGCCCCGGAGCGAGAGCACCUGGCGUCCAGCCUCAAACUCACCUCCAACCAGGUGAAGAUCUGGUUCCAGAACCGCCGUUACAAGUGCAAGAGGCAGCGGCAGGACAAGUCUCUGGAGGCGGUGGGGCAGCACCACCCUCCGCCGCCGAGACGCGUCGCUGUGCCGGUGUUAGUCCGAGAUGGGAAGCCUUGUUUGGGGGGAGGGCAGACGUACUCCGGUGCUCCGUAUGGAUCCAACCCGUAUACCUAUAACGGAUACCCGGCGUAUACUUACAACAACCCCGCUUAUAACAGCAACUACAGCUGCACAUACACCAGCAUCCCCUCCCUGCCCCCCUCCAGCACCUCCAGCGCCUUCAUGAACAUGAACUUGGGAAAUGUGAGCAGCCUCGGAGGAUCAACACAGGCCCAAGCUCACCAAGGGACAUCGGUCGCAUCCUGCCAGGGCUCCCUGCAGGGGAUCCGGGCCUGGUAG